GACAGGAAGUUCAAGUAGUCCGAGUCUACUACGGGGGGCACGCCAACAGUUUUCUCAUACUCCCCUCUCUCAGUUAGUUCAAGUAACGUUAGCCUUAAAGAAAAUUGCGCGCAUCGCUCCAUACUAACGUAGUUCUUAACAGACAAUUAACUUACUAGCAUUCAAUUCAUUUAACUUCGUAUGCAGUCUAUGUGUGAUCAAAUUACACAACGCAUCGAAAAUGAAGACUGUUGCUUAUUUAUAAGACGUUUUUUUUUCUAGAUGCUGGCGUUUCCUCCAGCUGUCUGUGAAGUGAGUGACGCGUGACUGUUACUCGUAUAAUAUGGCAAGCCGCAAUAUGUGAGCGUCUGUCCACGCGAGUAUAUUGAAUGAAGAGGAUGACACCUCGUGCACAGCCGCGCGACUCCAGAAAGUUGGGAGUUCAACACGGGAGCAUCUCGCGGUGCUUUGGACACUAAGAUACGUCAAGUCGAGCCUCCGAAACGCGUUGUUUAGCUGGUCAAAAAGCAGGAAUAUUCACUUAUGCUGGGGAAGCUGUUCAAGUGGUGAGCCUGUUCAUAAAAGUGGGAUUUUAGGGUUGGAAACGUUCAUUGGCUUGGUUACAUUAGAUGUCUCCGAUCAUUACAUCUGUUGUAAAGGUUUCUACUUCCUGUGAUAUAAUCACACCAUGCCUGAGGGGGCGGGCCGCGACAGCAAGAAAAGAAACAGCAACCAAGUUGCCAAGCGUCCCUCCUCCGUGUCCUCGCUGAGUGGGAUCGUGAGCCGUAUGGCCUCCUCAGGGGGUGCGUCCCGCGGGAGCUGCACUUCUGUGAACACGGUGUGCUCCGACAGCGAUCGCGGUGCCAGUCUUAGCUCCUCCGCCUCAUCUGCCUCGCUGCAGGAUGGACACUCCUCGUCCUCAUCCUCGUCGCUCCCCUACGGAGCCGUGCCUUCCUACCCUGGCCCUCAGCGUAAUGGCUCCGACAUCAGUCUAGAUCUUACGCCUCUCUCCCUACUGACGGGAACCGGUCCACUACCUGCCUCAACAUCACCGAUGCCCAAACUCUCUCGCCUGGAGCGUGUGGCACUGGAGAUAGUGGAAACCGAGCAGGCCUAUGUGAGGGACCUCAAGAGCAUCGUGGAGGAUUAUCUUGGCUGCAUUAUUGACUGUGGUGACUUGCCUCUCAAACCCGAGGAGGUCAGCACCCUCUUCUGCAACAUUGAGGACAUCUAUGAGUUUAACAGUGACCUGUUGGAGGAUCUGGAGCGUAGUCCGCACGCCGCUGCCAUAGCAGAGUGCUUUGUGGAGAGGAGUGAAGCUUUUGACAUUUACACCAUAUACUGCAUGAAUUACCCCAACUCGGUCACCGUCCUAAGGGACUGCAUGAAGAAUGAAAGCCUGGUGCGCUUCUUCCAAGAAAGGCAGGCCACCCUGUGCCACUCAUUGCCUCUGGAGACUUAUCUGCUAAAGCCUGUGCAAAGGAUCCUUAAGUACCACCUCCUACUGCAGGAGCUGUCCAAACAUUUUGAUAAAAGUGAUCCGGGGUAUGAGGUGGUGGAGGAUGCCAUUAUUACCAUGACAGCAGUGGCUUGGUACAUCAAUGACAUGAAAAGAAAACAGGAGCAUGCGGUCAGACUGCAGGAGAUUGAGAGUUUGUUACUGAACUGGACUGGUCCUGAUCUCAGCGGGUUUGGUGAACUUGUCCUUGAAGGCUCCUUCCGGGUUCAACGGGUGAAGAAGGAAAGAGCGUUUUUUCUUUUUGACAAAAUGCUUCUCAUUGCCAAAAAGAGGCUGGAUCAUUUCAUUUACAGUACUCACAUCUUUUGCUGUAAUCUGCUCCUCGUGGAAAACAUGAAGGAUCCUCUCUGUUUUAAAGUGUCAGACCAGACAAUCCCAAAACAGCAACACAUUGUUCAGGCUAAAAACCAGGAGGAGAAGCGGUUGUGGCUGCAUUACCUCAAGAGGAUGAUAGUGGAGAACCAUCCUGCGUCCUUACCUCAAAAAGCAAGGCAGGUUCUCGGUGACAGCUUCUGUCAGUCACCACAGUUUGAUCCGGAGCCAAUAAGAAAGCCAAUGCCUUCUCCAAGAAUGGAUGAUAUUCAUAACUACCACAGAGGAAGAAGGCAAUCAGAGCCACCAGAAUUCAUGUACACCCCGGAGAAAGCCAGAAAAUGCCUUCCACUCCUGUUAGAGGGCAAUCUGCCAUACAAGCGUGGGAGGAGACAGUCUGCCCCUGCCAAGGAUAUAGAAUCUGCAUUUCAGCAAAGUGUUUCUUUGAAGGCUGGGAGUGAAGGAGAGUUAUGCCCACAGGCUGACAGCAUUGGCUCCUCAGGCAGUACCAGUACUCUGGCUUCCUCCGUCAUUGAAGUUGAAUUUGCUCGGGAUGAUCUGACCUUAUGUCAAGAUGAAGAUGAUUUGACCCCACUCCCUCCACCACCAACACUUUCAAUUACUGAGGAAAUCAUGCAAUUCAUUAACCAGAGCCGUCUUCGAGAAGGCAUGGCGCAAUUAACGUCAGACAUGUGCCAGUCGAUUCCAGAGUCCUUGGAUGUCCAGCCAUUGGAGGAACAGCAGUUGGAUGAAGCUAAACCACUUGUAGUGGAGUUGGAUGAAGAUAAUCAGCAGAUAAUAAAUCCCACAAGUUCAGAUAUGGAAAAAAAUCCUUUAGUUGAUGGAUCAGACAAAAACAAGGAUAGCCAUUCAUCCUGUGAAGCAAUCGAUUCUCCACCAGAGGACAUUGAGAGACCAUCAUCACCAUUGCAUAUCUUCACAGAAGUCAAUCAGUCAGAAGAACUGACAAACCCAGAGCUCAAUCAUAGUGAUUCAUCCAAACCAGAGAUGGUCAUGAACAUAAAUGAAAAAGAGUGUGAAGACACCGAGGACACUUUUACUAAGAGGCAAGAGUCUCACCAAUCAGAUAUUACAGACAAAGCCAAUGAUAAUGCAUUAUGUGAGGCCAAGUCAACUAGUGCUCCUGUGUUUACUGCAUCGAAACCACCUGACAGCUCUCUUGUCCCCAAAGUUGAAACUGAGCAAAAGUUGACCAAAAGUGACAGGCAGAUUAUUAAGAAGAUACGUAGCUAUUAUGAGGCAGCAGAAGCCGGUAUAGAAGAGAGUCAGACAUCACGUAGGAACAGCUUCUCUCAUAUUCCUACAGGUUUGGUAAAGGAUUCUGUGUCUCGUUUUAAUGUUCCUGUCCACCAAGAAAGCCUGGUGGACUCUGAGAAUGGACACUCUGACUGUGCUGAAAAUGAUUCACCAUCUUCAGUACUCCCAAAGUUAAACCAAACCGAACAGUUUCUUGGUCAACAGGAAUCUGCUGAUAGGGCCUGCCCUUUAUCUCUUUUAGAUGUUAGACAAGAGCAAAAGGAAGAAUUAGAGGGCAAGUCAGCCAUUGAAAUUGAAGAAAAGAGUUGUGAAUUUACUCCUUGCAUGAAUCUUUGGAAGGAAAAAGAGAGAAUGGUUCAAGAGUCUCAGAUGAAUCUGACAGUACCUUUCCCAAAGGAGAACAAUUCGGUUGUGCCUACAGAUACAGAAGAGACAUCCAUAAAUGACAUGAAUUUAGAACAUAAACAGUCUGAACUGUCACAGUGCGAUAAAGGUACUUCACAUCGAUCAAAUCUGCAGACAACAGAAAAAGACGAUACAUUUCAUCAGUUAGCUGGUAGAACAAGAUCUAGGAUGUCUCCUAAUGGAAGCCUGGAUAGCCUUCCCAGUCAGAUUAAAGUUGGCAGAUGGUCUCGUCAUGGCAAGGUGGUUCCAUGUAGCAGUACUCUUUAUGAAGGAAUGGCAGAGGUGUCAGAUUUAGGAUUUUCUGAGAGUGGACCAGUCAACCAAUGUUUGGUAGAGAACUCUGAAAAGAUUCUGAAUAAAGUGCAAAUGCUUGCACGCAUGUACACCGCCAAGGCAAGUAGCAUGAAGGUACCAUUACAUCAGAAGAGAACAAGAACAAGUAAGGGAACAUGGUCAGUAGAGGGAAAGGCAAGCACUCCACCCAAGUCUCAGCUAGAGCUGCACCAGGGCAAUGUGAGAAUACUAAAUCAACCCACAGAUCUUAUAGAAUCAUCAGUACCUACACUUUCUGAAUCUCUUGGACACAUCAUUGUAAGGGAACAGCUUUCUAAAACAUAUCUUCAAGAAAAUGACUGCAAUCUGAUUGGACCUCCAGAAGAGGUCUUAUCUAUUAAACCUAAUUCACUAUCUACUGGUGAAUCUUCAGCUACUUUAGUUGAAAUGUUAGAAAGUAAAUCCGUUGUGGAAUCACAUGUCUCUCUGAUAUCAGACUACAGUGACAGCUCAUUAGAAAAACAUGAGUCUGUUCUAAUCGAAGCAGUUUUUCAGGAAGAGAAAUCCUCAUCACCCCUUAAUUGUGAAACUCAGCACCAAGAUGAUACAGAAAUGGCAUUCAACCACUGCAGAUCACUAGUGGACCAACAUGUCGACAACAUUUCACAUUUUGUUCAAGAGAACCAUUUCAAGGUUGGAGACAAAGCCACUAAAAUUGAUAUAAUUGUAGAGGGACAGAUUUUGCAAGAGGAUACAUCUACGAUUGAGAGCAAUUCUGGUUCUACAAGUGUCCUUUUUGAGCAUUCAAGAGAUAUGACUCACAAUGUGGAGGAGAGAUCAAAAGAUUCAAUUGUAAAGCCUGGUGAAAGUAUACAAUUGGUAUUUCAAUCAUCAACAGAUAAUGAUGAAGUAUUGGUCGAUGUGUCCUCUGUAUGUGAUUCAGAUGUAUGUCCUCCAUUACAGUCAACAGCCUCCUUCGAUAACUGUGUUUCAACCACAAUGAUUAUAUCUGACAGAUCAGAGCAGUUAUAUCUUCAGGAAGAGUUGCAGGAGGAUGCAACAAACUCCACACCAGUUGCACCUCUGCUAGGUUCUUGUGACCAGCGUAGUCUACUGGAUGUCAAAGAUAAUGAAGACCUAAGCAAUAAUUCAGACAUUUUAAACUCAACCUCCACAUCCCCUCUAGAUGCACCUUUGGAUGAGCUUCUACAGUUUACUAGCCAAAGACCAUCUAAUCUACUAUCCUCAACAGGAAAGAGAAGUCCCAUUUCAUCUUCACCCAUAGCUCCCCAAAGACUGCCAUACACCUUACUGCAGACUGAGGAACGGAAUCAGGAUGCUUCAGUUCCUGAUAUUAACCCUCACAGACAAUCUUUCUCCCCGGGGCUUAAUGAUAAGUCACCCUUUGGCUGCGGACGUCUACUAGAUACAAAACCACCUUCUGCCUUCAGCCCCCAAAUGCGAAUGCGCUCACCCUCUCCUAUUAAGGGUGCCCAGAACACCAGGCCUUCCUUAACACACUCAGCUCUUAAAAAAUCUCUUGCUGCCUCUUGUAUCAGUCAGACAAUUUCUCAAAGCAUGGCCAAGAGGGGUGGACAUCUCCAGACUGCUUCUCCACCUAUAAGCUCCCUAUCUCCCCUCCCCACCACAUCAGUAAGACUGAGAUCACCAUCUCCUAAAUCCAUGAACUUGGAGUCAAGUCUGGAGCCAAAUCUUGGCUGUACAUUCAGCACCGGAGUUGGGAAUCAACCAACAAGGUCAUCUCCAUCCCCGUUCAGAUCAAACAGUCUUCGAUCUAGCCCAGCAACCAUUCAGUCCCCUCCUCCUUAUCGAAGUCAGCGAUCAGUAUCCCCUGCACCUCCAGUUAGUCUUCAUUCACCGGCGUCUGCUAAAAGCCCUCGUGAACAGACUACUUACACCAGCUUAAAUGGAAAUAACAACAAUAACAAUGGUUUGAGUGAUAAUGGGUGGACCACUACCCACAAAAAAGCAGCACAUGCAAAUGUUGGUGAAUCCCAAAAUUACUUCCAAGAUCCUCAAAGAGGAACACUGCACAACAGGGUGGCUCGGCCUUUUCCAUCCUCUGAGCCUAGCUCUCGUGUGCAGUCACCAUCUUCAAUUACCGGAAUUUGCUCCCCUCCACCUACCCACUUGGUAACAAAACCACCUAAUCCCAGAACCCCUAGACAAGGUGGAGCUGGCUUUUUUACCCCUCUUUGUCUGGAACUGUCAAGAUCGUCAUCCGUGUGUUCACUAUCUCCCUGUGGGAGUCCCAGAAUCACCUCUCCACCCCCUAUUGGCAUUCCUACAAGUGUAUUGGGCCUUGCUAACCCACAGCCAAAGAAUCCUUCAUUAACAAAUCCAUCUUCUCCAACUAUAUCAAGAGUCAGAAUCAUCUCUCCUAUUCCAUCAGGGCCAUCUUCAUGUUCCCCAACUGUUCCUCAGAACCAGAGGUGGCUAAGAGGAACCAGUCUGCCCUUGGGUGGUGAUAGAACACCCAGUCCAGCUAGACCUGAGCGCAGAUCUUGGGCAGAAAGUGGACGAUGGUCAGUUGGUUCAGAGUCAGGGUUAACAAGUCCUCGUGGUGGUUUAUACAGUGUUAGCCCAUCCUCUGUAAGUCCUGGCCCCUUGUCACCUGUUAGAUCAACACCUGAAAGAACCAGUCAUAGUGUAAAACAUUUCACAAGCAUUGACUGGCCAGAAGUACAUGAAUUGUUGACUAAAUAUAGCACAGAGCCUCAUGCUGAAACUGAUACUAUUCGCUACACAAACGCAGAGCAAGACAACAUAUCUUUAGAAGAAACUACAUGUCGGAGCACCCUCAUUUGUCCCUAUGUAGCUCAAACCAGCCCUGACUGUGAGAGAGACACUCCAAUUCAGUUCACAAAGGAGAACAAAAUAGAGGACAAUGUUCCCAGUCAAGGAGCAAAAACAACAUUGAAAACUAGCUAUGCCACCACCGUCAACUUGCAGAUUGCUGGUAGUGGGAGGAUAGCAUCUUUUAGUAAUGCACAAGUCAGUCUGACUCAAACACUGACCCCUGUGACAGACAGCCAGAACAGAAGAAGGGUCAGCAUCAAUAGCUGCAACUUCUCAAUGCAGAACUGCAAAAGGCUUUAAGGUGGUGUGCUACCAGGGACUAGUAAAGUGUCUCAUGCUUCAGUGACAAGUACUUUUUCUGGCACUUUAGCAUGUUAAGUCGGCAAUACGGGACCACUUUAGUCGGACAAAAUAUGGUUAUAAGGAUGACAAAAUACGGGUCUCAGCCAGGUGACUUUGCUAUGGUCAGUCAGUGUUUCUUUUUUUACAAGUGCUUUACUCGAAAUGGGACUAAUAUUAAGACUCAACCCAAAUUUUGUGUACCAGUGAAACAUCAAUAAAAUGUUUGUUUUAUUUGACAGUGUAAUUUUAUUUUACUAGUUAAGAUGUUUAAUAUGCAAAUGUAUUAUGAGUGAUUGAACCAAAGCCUCUGGCGUUAAAGGAUUCAGUUGGAUGUGUUAUAUAUAGAGAACUCUUAUUUAUGAAGUAGAUGUUUUCUGGCACUUAAACUUUUAUUUCCGUUUUGCACAUUUUUUCACAUGUUUCAGACGUGUCUGUAAAGUAGUGUGUUUCAGGCAAAACAUUCUCAUGCAUGUUAAAAUAUAAUUGAUUUUCAUUCAAUUUUUUAGAGAAAGUUUGGUAAAUAUGACUUCUGAAAACAAUUGAAAAUGAAUCGCUGCUUUGAAUGAUGUUAAUCAAAACAUCAAAACAUUCAAUCUGAUCCUUGGUGUUGUUAAGAAUGAUUGCUGAAUAGAGACCAAGCAUUCCAUCAUGCCUUAGAAAUGUUACCUUGAACUAACUGGCCAGGAUUUUCAUUGUUUAGAUUUUUUGUGUAUUUUUUAGUGUAACAAGUUGUUAAUCUGUUGUUGAAAUGUUUAAUUUUCAGCCCAACCUGACCAAAGAAAAAUCCAGGAUCACUUAAACCACUGAAAAUAUUUCCGGUUAAGCCCUUUAAUGUUUCACAUAAUGCUUGUCAGAAUAGGUGCCAAACUGAUUAACCAAGUAUGUAAAAAAUUUAUUCUCUGUAGUUCCUCUGAAAAAUGAUUGUCACACUGUAUGAGGAAAUGUGUCCUGUGUUAUUUGUACUUAAUAAAACCUGUGUAGUGUAAUAA